GUUGAUGUUGUACAUCACUUUUGCCUCUUUUGCUUGCUAUUUUUUAGUCAAACAAUUUUUGUGAAUAAAGAAAUAUCAUCAAUUUUCUCAAGUAAAAGUUGUUGAUUGCGGUAACUGUGAAUCUAUCAAUAUAAUGUCUUUUGGAUAAAACACUGUAGUAUGUCAUAAUGAGUAACAAUUUGGAUAAUGAAAGAUCGGUUACAAGUGGCAAAAUGUAUCCAAUUGAUUUAGCGCCUCAAAAGAUUACUAUUGUGAAAAGUGUAUCUAAUACGGAAGUUAAAAUGGCUCAUUUACUCCCUGGGCAACCGAAAACAUCAGGUUCUGGUCAGAUUAUGACGCACGCCGGGCCUGUGGGCCUAAUGCGUCCAGCUGCUCAAAUCAUAUCUCCAAGCGUCGGUUCUCAGCCACAAAUGAUUGUGAGUGGAUCACCAAUAUUGCAGGGCAGUCAAAUUGUGAGUCAGGGUUCUCAACUUAUUGGUCAAGGCACCCAGAUAAUUUCACAAUCUCAGCUUAUAAGUCCAAGUGGCCAGAUUCUGAGCCCGGCCACACAGAUCAUAAGCCAGGGGUCACAGUUGUCUGCUCAAGUUUCCAAUAACAGCACAGGAUCAAAUAAUGUCCAAACGAGUGCUACCCCACCCGUGAGUGGAUCUCAGGUGCUCAAUGUUGGAGGAAUGGUGGUCAGCUCUUCAGUGAGGACACUACCACCCAGUGUUCGAGUUUUGUCACCUUUACAACAUGCCAACACCAGACCAGCAGUAUUAUCAAGCGUGAAUGUGAGCACUGCAGGUGGAGUGCUAGUGAGUAAAAGUGUGGGUAUGACGAGCCAUGUGCCGCGUGGAUUGGCUGCCGGAGCUUCUCUAGCUGUCAGGCCUGUCACUCCUGCUGCUUCUCAAGGAGUUGCCCAAGGAGCAUGGGCAACCAGCAACCGUGGAGCUCGCGGCGCGCUGGUGUACGGGGGCCGCACGCCGGCCCCCCGGCCCGCCAGCCGGCCCCCCGCGCCGGUGGCGGCGCCUCUGACCGUGGCCCCCGCGCUAUCGCAGACCUCGCUGACCUCGCAGCCUUCACACUCGACGAUCGUCACAUUGCCGCCUGCCACCGUCUUGACUUCGAGCGGUGUUAUAUCGGGUACAGUGCGAGGCGCGGCGCCGCGCUUGCAGGCGCCAGCGGCGACUUCCACACCAUCGCCUCGGCCUCUGCCCCUGCUGCAGAGGAAUUAUCAGCCUAAGGUGGUGGGCGUGGCCAGCGUAGGAGUCCGCGGCGUGGUGGGCAACAGCGCGCCGGCGCAGCUUUACUAUGAGGUACCGCGCGCCGCCGCGCCGCAUGCGCCGCGACCGCUAGCACCGUACUACUCGCAACACCAGCCGCCAGCUAGUACUGUGAGCACUGUAACAGUAAUACCGGAGAGUCGGCCUCCGCCCACUUCCGUCCAGACUACGCCCGUGGUGCCCCGCCCAUCCAUACUGAGGAAACGCGACAUUGAAGGGUCACCAACGAAGCCGACUAAUGUUGUGCCGCCCGCCCCGGUGGGGCAAGUGUCAGUGGCCCCGGUGACCCUGACCCCGCUACCGUUGCCGGUGAGCGUCAACAACACUUGCUACAGGAGCGAGGGCACGUGGGAGGACGUGAACCGCGGCGGAGGCCCGGGCUCCGGUGGGUCCACAACGAUAUCGGCGUCGUCGUCGCCCGCGCCUGACGAUGAGCCCGACUUGCCAAGGAUGGACGACGUCUCGCCUAGGAAGAAGCCGAGGAAACAGAUGUUAACUAAUGAAGUAAGACAGUGUGAUUUCACUCCUGACGAGACGCCGCCCACACCACCGCCGGUCAACAUCAAUCCGCCACCUAAACGCCCCCUACUUAGUUCAAGCUACGUAUGCGGCUGGCGGGGGACGGCGCUCCAUUUCACGCGGCCAGCCGACGUGCGGCGUCGCGAGCCGCGCGCCAAAGACAUCCUCGCCAUCGCCAGCCAGAAGCACGUGCUCACCAGCGCUGAAGGAUGGAAGGUGCACCAUCUCACCGCGCAGAUGGACGACUUGGUCUCAUUGGAAGCAGAUGUUGGUGAACAACUGUCGGGAGUUUUGAGGGCGCUGGAAACAGCGUCAGGGCGCGCGCUUUCCGCCCUGCAGCCACAUUCUCAUACAUUAUUGGAGCUACUUAAGGGCAACAUACAAAGAAGUAAAAUCGUCUGUGAAGGAAUACAAGAAGCCCGGGAAGACAUUUUACGAGUGUUCACUCACAGGAACUUUGUAUCGGAAAUUCUCACGCGACAGGCUGAUAAGCGGUGUUUCAGGAAACACCGGUCGCAAUCAUAGCAAAGAUCCAGUUUUGUUUGAAAUAAAACUAUAUCGUGUAAAUAGCCUAGUUAAUGUGUACAUUUUUGAAUAAAUGAAGAAUAAUAUUUAUGU